AGCACAGUCUUUGCAGCUAUGGUCAGAUUCCACAUGGACUGCAUAGAGAGACCCUUACGUAUCUGUUUUGAGAUGCUGGGUCAUUUUAUUGGAUCCCAUCCCUGGUUGUUCUUGACUGCCCCCCUCAUUCUCUCCACAAGUCUUGGAAGCGGAUUUUAUUUCCUCAAGGACAGAAUGUCAAACAAUAUUGAAGAGCAGUUCACACCUGUGGACGGACCUGCCAAGACAGAGAGGAAAUACAUCCAAGAAACCUUUCCAGGAAACGACUCCAUGUUUUCACGGCUCAGAUUGAGCACAGAUGGGAAUUAUGCAACCUUUAUAGCUACAAGUGACAGUAAUAUUCUGACUGUGGAGUCACUCCAGCACAUCUUAGACUUGGACUUUAAAGUCAGGAGUGUUAAAGUGCAAUUUGACAACCAGUCAUUUGAAUAUGCAGAUGUCUGUGCUCAGGUGAUGGGAUCCUGCUCCUCUAAUGACAUUGUGGAUAUCAUUGAGUACAAAGCAAACAAUAUAGAAGCAGUCAAUCUGACAUUUCCAUGGUACUACUCUGGUUUUAAGAGUUUUCCUUUAUAUUUAAGUCUGGGGAGUGUGAAUUUGUCCCAAGGAAGCUCAGUUAUUGAAGGUGCUAAAGCCCUACAGCUCCAUUACUACUUACGCGAGGACAACAAAACAAAAAGUGACCUAUGGUUGGAAAGCUUCAUCGAUUCAGUCUCAAACUCUUCAUCAACUUCUGUUCAGGUGUCAUACUCCACCUCCAUGUCAAUGCAGUGGGAAUUUCAGAAAACUCCAGCCUCUGUUAUUCAUUUAUUCUCCAUCACCUACGCAAUCGCCAUCACAUUUUCAAUACUAUCAUGUUGGAGGCUGGAUAACGUGAGGACCAAGGUUUGGGUGGCCUCCUGUGGGGUGCUCUCCACAGGUCUGGCCGUCCUGAGUGGUUUUGGGUUGCUGUUAUUGCUGAAUCAAUCCUUUGUGAUGACAGUUGCCUCCUGUCCUUUCCUGAUAUUAGGUAUUGGACUUGAUGAUAUGUUCAUCAUGAUCUCCUGCUGGCAGAGGACCCGUGUUCUUGACAGUGUCCCCAAGCGCCUGGCCGAAACCUACAAGGAAGCUGCCGUCUCCAUCUCUAUCACCACCCUGACGGACGCUCUGGCUUUCUUCCUGGGCUGCAGCUCCCCCUUUGGUUCAGUCAGGUCUUUCUGCGUCUACGCUGGGAUUUCUAUCUGCUUCUGUUAUCUGUACAGCAUCACGUUUCUUGGAGCGUGCAUGGCUUUAAAUGGACAGAGGGAAGCAGAGAACAAGCACUGGUUCACCUGUGCCAAAAUCCCAGAGGACUUGCCAUCCCAGAACUCCAAAGCUUUCAGUAUCUGCUGUGUUGGAGGGAGCUAUGAUCGGUUCUUGGAAAAGGAGGAAACUGAGUCCAUGAGUCUCUUUUUUGAGCGGUUCUAUGGCCCGUUUCUGACCCACAAAAUGAUAAAGGCUUGUGUAUUUAUCAUUUAUGCACUCUAUCUGGCUGUCAGUGUCUAUGGAUGCUUUACCCUAAAGCAGGGUCUGGAUGUCAGGAAUCUGGCUUUGGACGAUUCCUACGUCAUUGACUAUUACGACAAUCAAAGGCAACACUUCUCUGAGUACAGCUGCAACGUGAUGGUAGCGGUGAGGCAGCCCUUCCAAUACUGGGAAGAGGAAAAACUGCAGGAUCUGUGUUCAUGCAUUUCUAACUUUGAAAGUUUGAACUUUGUGAACGGCACCUUUGCUUGGUUUCUAUCCUUCAAACAAUACGCAAGUGCAAACCAUCUCAAUAUAAGUUCACAAGAAGCCUUUAAAACCCAACUGCACCAUUUCUUAGAACUCAACUCCAUGUUCAAACAAGACAUCAACAUCACCACAGAUGAUGAGAUUCAAGCAUCUCGCUUCUUCGUUCAGACCCUCAACAAAACCCCAAUGACUGACUUGAUGACACGACUGAGGAGAACCGCAGAGGACUGUCCAGUAGAUCUCCUGGUGUACCAUCCUGCAUUCAUCUACUAUGACCAGUACACCGUCAUUAGGGACAACACCAUUCAAACCAUCCUGAUCGCUGUGAUUGUAAUGCUAGUCGUCUCACUGCUCUUGAUACCGAAUCCUCUUUCUUCGGUAUGGGUGGCUUUUGCAAUUUGUUCUGUCAUUGUUGGCGUGACUGGUUUCAUGGCGCUCUGGGGUGUGAACCUGGACUCCAUAUCCAUGAUCAACCUCGUCAUGUGCAUUGGUUUUUCUGUAGAUUUUUCUGCUCAUAUUUCUUACACCUUGGUCUCAAGCCCAAAGAGUGAUGUCGAUGAGAAAGCUAAGGAAGCGUUGUCUCAUUUAGGCUAUCCAAUACUACAAGGAGCACUGUCCACUAUCUUAGGAGUGGUAGUGCUGUCCGUGUCUGGGAGUUACAUCUUUCGGACGUUCUUCAAGAUAGUGUUUCUGGUGAUUACAUUUGGGCUGCUGCAUGGUUUAGUGUUUAUUCCAGUGUUUCUUACAUUGGGGCCGGUUGGAAGUGGUUUUGGAGUAAAAUGUACAUCUUGGGCGGCCAAUUAG